AAAGGGCUAACUCUCGUUGAGACACUGCGCCAUUUCCCUUUUUCUUUCUUUCCUUUCCCCUCACUUUCUCUCUCACUUUCUCCUUGUGCUUCUUGUUCGUUUCAAACAUUAAUUUCCCUUUCUUGGCCAUGGAUUUUUGCCGGAAUGUGACAGUUUCCGGUGAGUAUCAUCACCAGCAAGAGCAUGUCCUUGCUUCCCCUCCUCCUUGCUCUAAGAUUACCGCCGCCGCCGCCAGUAGUGGAAAGACAUUCACAAUGCAGCCCCUGCCUCUUAGAGCUGCUGAAGACCUUGUUAGAUUGUUGCGUCAGCCAGUUUAUCAUAAUCAGAGAUUCAAAUUGUGGCUUAGCUUUUUUGAAAUAUAUGGUGGAAAACUCUUCGAUCUUCUCAGUGAAAGAAAGAAACUUUGUAUGAGAGAAGAUGGUAGGCAACAAGUUUGCAUUGUUGGACUGCAAGAAUUUGAAGUUUCUGAUGUACAAAUUGUCAAGGAAUAUAUUGAGAGGGGGAUUGCUGCCAGAAGUACAGGAUCUACUGGUGCCAAUGAAGAAUCUUCAAGAUCACAUGCUAUUUUACAACUCGCCGUUAAGAAGCACAGCGAAGUAAAGGACUCCAGGAGGAACAAUGAUGUGAAUGAGUCUAAAAGUGGAAAAGUAGUUGGGAAAAUUUCAUUUAUUGAUCUUGCUGGCAGUGAACGAGGCGCAGACACCACUGACAAUGACCGGCAAACAAGGAUUGAAGGUGCAGAAAUCAACAAGAGCCUUUUGGCUCUCAAGGAGUGCAUUCGUGCUCUGGACAAUGACCAGAUCCAUAUACCAUUCCGAGGGAGCAAGCUCACAGAAGUACUCCGUGAUUCUUUUGUGGGCAACUCUGGGACAGUUAUGAUCUCUUGCAUAUCCCCAAAUGCCGGCUCAUGUGAACAUACACUCAAUACAUUGAGAUAUGCAGAUAGGGUUAGAAGUCUUUCUAAAAGUGGAAAUGCAAAAAAGGAUCAGGCUGUAAGUUCAUUACCACCAACUAAAAAGGAUGCUUCCUCUACAUCAUCUCUGCCAGUCUCUGCUGAUGUUGAUGGUGUUUAUGAGCAACAAGAGGUCAAAGUGCCAGAUAUGGGUAGAAGGGUUGUGGAAAAAGAAACUCCAUCCUUCAAUCAUACUGUUGAUUAUGAUAAACAGCCCUCAAGUUUUACAUCAGGUUUUUCAUACAACGGACGAGAAGAAAGCGGGUUGACUUCUGGCUUAGCAGACAGGGAGAGGUAUGAAAGUAACAGUUCCUUUGGUGGCUUGACUAGUCAAAAGGUCCAUUCAUUGUACACCCAGCACUCAGUUGAUACAGAAGAGAAAGCGCCGAAGGUGUCACCAACCCGCAGAAAAGGAUCCAGAGAAGAAAAAUCAGAAAAAUCAGGGAACUGGUUGAAAAAAGAUGGCAGUGGACCUGAUCUCCCCACUGGAAAUUCAAAGCAGCAGAAUACAGGAUACUUUAGUGCAAGUAACACUGGACCACGACAGUAUGAACCUUGUCCUCCUCCUGAUGGGAAUAUAAAUGCAAUACUAGAGGUGGCUUCAGUCUGCCGGCUUGCAGCAUCUGGCUAUGAUAAAUUAUAUUUAUCUAGUCAGGGAGAAUAUACAUGAUGGAAUUUGAAGUCAUUGAUUAUAAAGUUUGGUGAAGCCCCAUAAAUAAUUUUAUGCAAUUCUGGUCUAACCAAUAAUUCAUAAAAAUUAAGCAUCCAAAUUUUUAUUAUCCGCUUGGUAAUUGUCAUAAUUUUUCCCAAUGCAAGCAUGUGGUUAUUUUUUUAAAAAUGUGAUCACUCAUUUGUUGGCUAAAAGCGAAAGAAGUAUCUGAUUAAAAAUUCAUGCAUACAUUAGGGACCUAAUUGAGAUGAAAAUUAGGAUGGGGAGCUAAUCAAGAUUUACCUCAAAGGGUAGGGACUUAUAAGAGGUUUGCCCAAAACCCAGUCAUAUGAGCAACCUGUGGUUCAAUGUAGAUAAAAUGUAAACGGCAUGUGAGUAGAAGAACUAACUUUUGUUUCCUUCUCGACAGAGAUUGCUCUCCCUGCUGAAAACCCAAAAGCAACAGAGAUCCCUUGCCAAUUUCAACAGGCGCAUUGUUCAAAAUGGAUUCGUCGCAGAAUACAGUGUUGGGGAGUGGAGGUAAUGGAAUGUUGGCCACUCCAUUGAAUGAUACAGCAGCAGCAGUGGAUGAUCCGAAGCAGAAUUUGAACCAAGUUAUUGAUUCCAUACAGAAGACUCUUGGUCAACUCCAUCAGCUUUACCUAACAGUCUCUUCAUAAUCACCCACUCUCCCUUUGUCUCUCUAGCAGCUGUUGCUGUUGUGAAGAAGAAGAAAAGGAGCUCUUUUUUUGUGAAUAUGGCAGCUGAGCAAUGGUCUUUGUUACUGAGCUGGACAAUAUGGUUAAAUUGUCUGAAAGGUGCAACAUUGAGGUUCCUAUGGAGGUCUUGAAUUUGAUUGAUGGGGAAGAAUCCAGAUGAAUUCACAAGGGAUUGCGUCACAAAAAAUCAAGUCACCAAAGGAAAAAUUGAUGCCUUCAAGGUACUUCUUUGUUUUCCACUAUGAUAUGUUGUUUUCUCUGCAUGUAUUUUUGCAAUAUGUAUUCCAUUAGAUAUUUAUGCGUGCAAGUUGCUUUGUGUGUAUUUGAUAAAAUUCAUUAUAUAACCAUUGAUUUGAUGGAGUUUACGCAAGCAUCUACUGGAGAAACUUGAACACAUUUUUCCAGACGAAGUUGAAUCAUACAGGGAGCCUAAGCCUCUAAGUAGUCCUUAUAUCUCCUCAAGCGCUUUCCUCGUUGCAAGAAAAAGGUUUGGUUCGGGCAGCUGGAACAAAAAACGCAUUCACUCAUAGGACAAUCCUUCUAUAUAGUAGUUGACUAAUCUUUUCUUUGGCGGUAGACACCUCGUGAUCAUCUCCCUUUCUCUGGAUUGGCACUGGCAGAGAGGAUCAAGAUUUAUCAUGUGCACUAUCACAAGGGGUGUUAUAAAAAGCUGGAUCACAAAAAAUCAAGUCACCAAAGGAAAAACUGAUAUCUUAAAGAGUUUACGUAAGCAUCUACUGGAGGAACUUGAACAGACUUUUCCAGACGAAGUUGAAUCAUACAGGGAGAUACGUGCAGUGUCAACUGCUGUAAGUUAUAUUUAUGACUUUGUUGGAUGGAUUUCUCAGCAAUGCAAAUACUUAAGCAUGAGAUUUAUUAUGGUGGGGAACAACAAUCCUUAAUGUUUUUUUGUUAUGAUGAACAGUGAAAUUAUUGAAGCAGCUAAUAUUUAUUAA